CCUGACGCCAGCUCCUGGCCCCCGCCCACACAGCGGGCCCUUCUCUGCCCUGCUUGGCGGCUUGGAGAAGCAGACGCUCCUGUUGCUGCCCCACAGCAGCUCUAUGGCCUCUCCGUGGUGCCCGAGCAUGGGGGCCCCGCGCGUCCCCGAGCGGACCGUGCUUUUCCAGCGCGAGAGGAGCGGCCUGACGUACCGCGUGCCCGCGCUGCUGCCCGUGCCCCCCGCGCCCACCCUGCUGGCCUUCGCGGAGCAGCGGCUCAGCCCCGACGACGCGCACGCGCACCGGCUGGUGCAGAGGAGGGGCACGCUGGCGGGGGGCUCGGUGCGGUGGGGCGCCGCGCGGGUGCUGGGGACGGCGGCCCUGGAGGAGCACCGGUCCAUGAACCCCUGCCCCGUGCACGACGCCCGCACGGCCACCGUCUUCCUCUUCUUCAUCGCCGUGCGGGGCCGCACGCCGGAGUCCGCGCAGAUCGCCUCGGGCAGGAACGCCGCGCGCCUCUGCUGUGUGACCAGCCGGGACGCGGGGCGCAGCUGGGGCGCCGCCCGCGACCUCACGGAGGAGGCGGUGGGCAGCGCGGAGCAGGACUGGGCCACGUUUGCUGUCGGCCCGGGCCACGGCAUCCAGCUGCGCUCAGGCCGCCUGCUGGUGCCGGCCUACACGUACCGCGUGGACCGGCGGGAAUGCUUCGGCAAGAUCUGCAGGACCAGCCCGCAUGCCUUCACCUUCUACAGCGACGACCACGGUCGCACCUGGCACCACGGAGGCCUUGUGCCCAACCUUCGCUCAGGCGAGUGCCAGCUGGCCGUGGUGGACAGCGGUCGGGCCGGCAGCGUCCUAUACUGCAACGCCCGGAGCCCCCUGGGCAGCCGCGUGCAGGCGCUCAGUGUGGACGAAGGCACCUCCUUCCUGCCCGGCGAGCUCGUGCCUGCGCUGGCCGAGACGGCCCGGGGCUGCCAGGCCAGCGUCCUGGGCUUCCCCGCCCCCGUCUCCAGCGAGCCGAGGGAUGACAGAUGGCCAGUGGGUGUCAGGAGCCACUCCCACUCUCCACACCUCUGUCUUGGAGUCCAGGAAGCCUCAGAGGAGAGUACUGGAGACACCCAAGGGGCCCAGGGGCCCAGGGGGAUGGAAGGAUGCAGGGACAGCCCUGAGGAGCCUGGCCUGGGGCCUGGGCUCAGUGGGAUCACGAUGGCCUGGACCCCAAAGGUGCCCGGGCCUCCUGCCACCCUGUCUCAGAGCCCCACCUGGAUGCUGUAUUCCCACCCGGUGGGGCGCAGGGCUCGGCUCCAUAUGGGAAUCUAUCUGAGCCGGUCCCCCAUGGACCCCCACAGCUGGACGGAGCCCUGGGUCAUCUAUGAGGGCCCCAGCGGCUACUCUGAUCUGGCAUCCAUCGGGCCAACCGUCAAGGGAGCCCUGACCUUUGCUUGUCUGUAUGAGAGUGGGGCCAGGGUCUCCUACGAGGAGAUCUCCUUCUGCAUGUUCUCCCUUGUUGAGGUCCUGCAGAACCUGCCACCGGGCCCCAGGCCACCAGUCCUCGGGGACAAGUGUCUGGAGCGCUGCCGGCCUUCCUGACGGCCUCUCUGGCCUGAGCCAUUUGUAUGUACCUAAUAGUAUGCUUUGAAAUAUGAAACACAAGUGAGCAGACUUCUAGGAGCAAAUAGAUCCACCGUUACAGUAGAAAAUUGUAGAUGCGAGUCUCAGUGACUGGCAGUGAGCAGACAAUUUCAGGGGACACACACAGGAGCCCCGGACAGCUUGCCCAAGGAGCGUGGCUCCGUGGACACACGCAGAGCACUGCGCGGGACAGAGUGCACCGUCCGUUCGAAAACUGAUAUUAUAUUGGAUCACAAAGUCAAGCCUCUACCAGACUUCAAAGGAUUGAGAAUUACAGUGAAAUUGAGCUAGAAAUAAAAACAAAAGGAAACUUAAAAUCUCCCUUGUGGGGAAGC